AACCAGCUCUUGCCACCACCUCCAACCCCGCCUCACCCUCCACCGGCUCCAUCAUGUCCUGCUGUGGCUCCUUCUCCUCCCUCAGCUGCGGGGGCGGCUGCCUGCAGCCCUGCUGCAUCCGGGAUCCCUGCUGCUGCCGCCCAGUGUCCUGCCAGACCACCGUGUGCCGGCCCGUGACCUGCGUGCCCCGCUGCACACGCCCCAUCUGCCAUCCCUGCCCCAGGCCCGUGUGCUGCGACCCGUGCGGCCUGCAGGAGGGCUGCUGCCGCCCCAUCACCUGCUGCCCAUCGUCCUGCACAGCCGUGGUGUGCAGGCCCUGCUGCUGGGCGUCCACCUGCUGCCAGCCGGUGACUGUGCAGGCGCCCUGCUGCCGGCCCCCGUGCUGCCGGCCCGCGCCCUGCCGCGUGACCUGCAGGGGCCCCAGCCUUGACCCCUGCUGCUGCUAAGCCCGGCUCCUCACAAGAAACAGAGGAGGCCUGAACAUGUCUGGCCUUCUCAUUAAGGGCAAAAAUCAGGUUUUUUUCCUCCUGUAAAGUGACACCAGCUUCACAUCCUACCCUCCAUGUGAAACCCUCACCACCCUCCCCCACACCCCUAGGGUCUGCAUCAGAAGUCACUGGGAUUCCCCACCUACAAUGGAAAGGCCCCGAAACGGGCCUUGCAGAUCCAUCCUGAGCCCUCAUGGUUGGGGGUGCACGAACCCUCACCGUGGUCGUUUGUACGGUGUUGCCCACUGUUGUCAAUAAAGCAAUGUUUCCUGGCAUAGCAAAA